AUCUGGGGACCCUCGAGACUCUCAGUUACGACCCUGGGCCGGUUGCGCUGCUUCAGGGUGGCCUGCUCCGCAGGGCCGUUGUGAGGGCGAGAAGAAAGCGGGCUAGGCCAGUGGUUCUACAGCAUGGCCUAGAUCGCAGGGUCGUUGUGCGGAUGAUAAGGAAGGGGGGGGGGAGGCCAGUUGCUCUCCUUCAGCAAGGCCUACCUCACAGGGUCGUUGUGAGGAUGUAAAAGAGAGGGGCUUUAAGCCCCUCCCCCUGGCCUGCCUAAUAGGGUUGUUGUGGGUGGACUCGUGAAGGUCCCAGCCUUGACUUAGUGGAAAGGUGGCAUAAAAAUGUGCUUCCCCUAAAAUUAAGCUGGACAUUGUUUGGGGUGGUUGCCUUCUUUUUUUUUACCCUUCAGACAUCACAGUCAUUUCUGUCUGCCUCCUUUUCUUCCCUGCUUCGCUAGAUUGCUGUGUGAGCUCGGGCCUAACUGACCUUGCAGGGUUGUUGUGAGGAUAGUAAAUGGAGGAGAGGAGAACAAUGUAUGCUAUCUUGGGCCUGUGCGGGGAGGGGAGACAGGCAGGGUAUAAAUGAAGUACAUAAAUAGAUUUUAUACACCACAUCAAUGCUGGUCAUUGAAAUCAGCUAUAUGGUGUAUUUUUUAAAAUCAGAUAUAUUGUAAAAGUGGGUUAAAGUAUCUGUAUUAAAUCAAAAGUAAUUAAUGACUACCCUUUUUAAAAUAAUCUCUUCUUAAAAGUCAGUGGAAUGAAGGGGGGAAGGGAUCCACUGGAUCAGUUGAUGGAUAUCUGAUCUCUUUCCUUAAUGCCCCCCCCCCCAGGUGAAAGUGAUUCUUUAAUAUUGUUAGUUAACACCCCACCUCACCCCCUUGCAGCCUACUAAUACUUUAGAGGUUUAAUUUAAAUCCCUUUAAGAUUUUAAUUUAUUAAUACUCUUUACUUUUUGGUAACUUUCAGAAAGUUUUUUUUUCAGUUGGGUGACUUUUUAAAAAGGGCUUUAUUGUUUGUUUUCUCCUCUCCCAAAUUUCCUCUUCUGCUUUUCUCUCUCUCUCUCUCUCUGUCUCAUCAAAGCUAGCUAGAAUUAUUAUUAUUUAUUAAAUUUCUAGAUCUCCCUGUCCCCUCCCCUUUUGGGCUUGGGAUGGUUUAACAGCAUAGUAGUUACAUAACAUCCUCAUCACCAAUAUAUGGUAUCUAAAACAGUCCAAUUUCACAGUUUACAUUCUAGUGAAAUCAAGAUGGUGCACAAGUUUAGCUAAAAAAUCAGAUUUUCCCUUACAGACAAACUUGGUCCGGGUGGAAUUUGCCCGUGACCUUAGGGGUAAAGGACUUGAUCCCUGGGCUGUCAGCCAUAUCAUUAACAUGUCGUCCAGCACGAGAGAUGAGACUCCUUUCCCCAGCUACGAGGCAGAAGAGAGCCAGACCUCGAAACUGAUAAAGAAAUCUCGGGAGUCACCGUUUGUCCCGAUCGGCAUCGCGGGCUUCGCAUCUGUGGUGGCCUAUGGGUUGUACAAGCUGAGGCACAGAGGGGACACCAAAAUGUCCGUCCAUCUGAUUCACAUGCGUGUGGCCGCGCAAGGCUUCGUCGUGGGCGCAAUGACCUGUGGUGUGCUUUAUUCGAUGUAUCGGGAAUACCUGGCCAAACCCAAACCUUAGGGAAAAGCCAGCUGGAAGCCUGUGUAUACUGGUGUUCUUAUGUGCUUGAUUGAAUAGACGUCGCACCAAGAUGGUACAGCAAUGUAAACAGGACCCAAGGACGUAGCACUAAAACAUACUACAUCUCAUGCUAAUGUAAAGAUUUCCGCUCUGCCAGUCUGACUCUGUUUUAGGGCAUUGUGCUCAAAUGCUGCCCUUCUCUCUCUCUGUCCUGAUUGGGGGCACAAACUCUGAUUUGCUGCUAAACUCGAUCACAGUUCUAGCCCGCUUCACCUUUUCUUUGCACGGUGUAGAACAGAAAAAUACCAUUGGUGGCCCAGCGAGUGAGCAUUCCAGUCUUAAAUGUGAUUACUUUAGGAUGUGGUUGGAGUAAUGAAGGAGGAAAAUUAUUAUUUUUGGCCAGCGUUGAUCCUGCGCUGAGAGUUUCAAGAAAAUCAACCUGCCCCUCUCUAGUUCUAUUUUUCUAAAAACUCACCUUUUCAUCUCCUGUAAGACAAAAUAUGUGAUGAGCCAGUCCGUGCAUAUUUUGUCCUUUCGCAGUAUGAAGCCUUAAAUAAUGGAUUAAAUUAUUUAAACUUUUUAUUUAUUACACAGUGGUGAUUUAACCGUGGCUGCGUAACUGGUAUCAGAGGAGAAUUAUUUUUGUAAAUUGCACGCUUCUUGGGUUUAUGCCACAUAGUAUUUUUAAAGUUCCCCUUUUGGAUUAUUCGAUCAAUAAAAACAUCUUGGAAUGCUUUGGAGUACAAGAACAAGCGGAGUAUUUUCUCCUACAAAUCACUGUGAUUCUCGUUCACAGCUAGGUAUCGACUUGGGAAUUGCAUUUGUCUUCUCAAUUUGCUUGCAUUCCUUGGUUUGAUCGUGGUAGUGAAAAUGAUGUUAAAUUCAGUGAAUCUGUCUAAUCCACUGAUUGGUUUUAUUAAAUAUGUUACAUAAGAACAA